GUCGUGCAGUUUACAAAUCAAGAUGGCAGGUCUGUCUUUAUACUUUGAAGAUGGUCAUGACGAUUUGGAUGACUUUGGCUUCGAUGACUAUGGGUCGGAGUGCGAUGGGAUCCGGAUAACUGCCUUUCUGGAUGCCGGGCAGGACAACCUGACUCCUCUGGGGCGGCUGGAGAAGUAUGCUUUCAGCGAGAAUGUCUUUAACAGGCAGAUCGUGGCACGCGGGCUGCUGGAUGUGCUUCGCGAGUUCAGCGACAGCGAGAACGACUUCGUCGCUGUCAUGGAAACGGUUGCCAGGAUGUCGGAAGAUGGAGAGCCCACGGUCCGUGCUGAGCUGAUGGAGCAGGUACCCAAUAUCGCCAUGUUCCUCCACGAGAGCCGGCCCAACUUCCCAGCAGCCUUCUCACGAUACCUGGUGCCCAUUGUGGUUCGGUACCUGACUGACCCCAAUAACCAGGUGCGGAAGACCAGCCAGGCCGCGCUCCUGGUGCUCCUGGAGCAGGGGCUCAUCUCCAAAAGCGACAUGGAGACCAAAGUGUGUCCCGUCCUGCUGGACCUGACCGAGCCCAACAGCGAUGACGACUACAAGAUCGAGGCCGUGGCGAUCAUGUGUAAGCUGGUGACGGUUCUGACCCGGGACACAGUGGACCGUCUGCUGCUGCGGAGGUUCUGCGAGCUGUGCGGCGACGCCCGCCUGUUCCAAGUGCGCAAGGUGUGUGCCGCCAAUUUCGGGGAGUUCUGCUCCAUCGUGGGCCAAGAGGCUACAGAGAAGCUGCUGAUGGCGAAGUUCUUCGACCUGUGCUCGGACAGUCUGUGGGGCAUCCGCAAGGCCUGUGCCGAGUGCUUCAUGGUGGUGUCCAACUCCACGUCCCCCGAGGUCCGCCGCACCAAGCUGUCUCCCCUCUUCAUCAGCCUGAUCAGCGACCAGUCACGCUGGGUGCGACAGGCAGCCUUCCAGUCUCUGGGCCGCUUCAUCUCCACCUUCGCCAGCCCGUCCAGCGCCGGCCUGCACUUCCGGGAGGACGGCACGCUCCGCGAGAUCGCCAAGCCCCCCCCUGAAAGGGAGUCGCCCGGGGGCUGUCAGGGGGAGCGGCCAGCGUACACCCCUCCGGAGACGGGCCGCAGCUCUACUCCAGUCCCAGGCUCCUGGACGGGCCUGGAGGCUGCUCGGGGCCCCGCUCCUGGGGCUGCGGAGGCCAAAGGAGGAGCAGACCAGGAGCGGGGCCGGCGGAUGUGCGCCUCCCUGGGACAGAGGGAGCAGAAGGAGGCGCAGAACGCCGAUGACACGUACAACUCCUUCAACUUCUGGAGGCCCCUGCUGCCUGAUAUCAGCCAGGAUCUGGAGCUUCUGCAGAGUGACGGAGAGGAGGAGGAGGAGGAAGAUGAAGAGAGAGAAGAAGAAGAAGAAGAGGAAGAGGAGGAGGAGGAGGAGGAGGAGGAGGUCACCAGGCUAGACUCCCAAGGCCCGGCGACUAGCUCUCAGAUACAGAAGGUUCUAGACUGCCUGCAGCCUCACCUGGACGACCCCGAUGUUCAAGCUCAGGUCCAGGUGCUGUCAGCGGCUCUGAAGGCUGCCCAGCUGGAGAGCCAAUCAGACGAGGGCGAGCAGGAGGAGGCCGCACCUGAUAGGCCCGCCCCUGAGCCGUCGCCGCCCCCCACCCCGGCGUCCGACGAUCCUCCGCACCUCCCCAACGGCGACGACACGCCUCCAACUGACACGGAACCUUCCGGGGCUCCCCAGACCCCGCCCGCCUCGCCCCCUCCUCCUGAAGACACGGAACAAACGCGCGCAGACGAGCUGAUCCAGGCACUGGAGGAGGAGAAGGACUUCAGACCAGCCCAGCUAUACGAGGAGGAGAGGUCGUCCAAGGUCCAGAACGUGAUCCCGCAGCAGCUGCUGGAUCAGUACCUGUCGAUGACGGAUCCGGCCCGGGCCCAGACGGUCGACACGGAGAUCACCAAGCACUGCGCCUUCAGCCUGCCGGGCGUCGCCCUCACCCUGGGGAGGCAGAACUGGCACUGUCUCAAGGACACCUACGAGACCCUGGCCACUGACGUGCAGUGGAAGGUGCGCCGGACGCUGGCCUUCUCCAUCCACGAGCUGGCGGUGAUCCUGGGGGACCAGCUGACCGCGGCCGACCUGGUGCCCAUCUUCAACGGCUUCCUGAAGGACCUGGACGAGGUGCGCAUCGGCGUGCUGAAGCACCUGUACGACUUCCUCAAGCUACUUCACGCAGACAAGCGGAGGGAGUACCUCUACCAGCUGCAGGAAUUCAUGGUGACGGACAACAGCCGAAACUGGAGGUUCCGUUACGAGCUGGCAGAGCAGCUGAUUCUGAUCAUCGAGCUGUACAGCCACUACGACGUGUACGACUACCUCCGACAGAUCGCUCUCACGCUCUGCUCCGACAAGGUGUCUGAAGUCCGCUGGAUCUCCUACAGACUGGUGGUGGAGGUCCUGCGGAAGAUGUACUCCAGCGGAGCUCAGGACCUGGGCCUGAACUUCAUCAACGAGCUCAUCGUGCGCUUCUGCCACAGCCCCAAGUGGGUGGGCCGGCAGGCCUUCGCUUUCAUCUGCCAGGCCGUGGUGGAGGAGGACUGCAUGCCCAUGGAUCAGUUCGCCCAGCACCUCCUGCCCAGCCUCCUCAGUCUGUCCUCGGACCCCGUUGCCAACGUGCGCGUGCUGGUUGCCAAGGCGCUGCGGCAGAGCGUGGUGGAGAAAGCGUACUUCAGAGACCCGGGCAGUGCGUACUCUGACGAGCUGGAGGAGACGGUCAUGGCGCUGCAGGCCGAUAAGGAUCGAGACGUGCGGUUCUUCGCCAGCGAGGACCCCGGCAGGACCAUCAUCGACACAGCCUCCCUAAUAUGACUGUCCCUCAGAAACCAUGAACAGCUCCAAUGAAACCACUGAGACACACACGUUCACACACCUGUUUUUGCCAUCUUGUGAUGAGGACAUAUGACUUUCUAUACUAGUGGGGACACACACACGAGGACAUGCACGCGCACACACACACACACACACACACACACACAUCUUCACUGGGACUCCCCUGAUCAGACAAUAGACACUGGGUUUUGGGGGGACCCUUGUUCUGGUCUCAGGGGGACCCUCCUCAUAGGGCAGUACAGCUGGUCUGGGUCAGGGCACCAAACCCCUCCCCAUCUCUUGUCCGCUCUAGCUCCAUACGAUGGACUUCUCAUACGUGGCAAGCCAUCUGUCCAAAGGUUAUUGUACAGAUGAGUAUCAAUAUUUUACAUGUUCUUUUUUUCUUUUCUUUUUUUCCCCCCCUCCCUUGAAUUUCUUAAAAGAAAUUCACAAAAAAGACUAAACUGCUUGGAAACAUGCACUAACUCAGGGGGACUGAUCAGAACAACACGUACGCAAACCAGGUCUGAAAAUCCCCGGGGGUUUUCCAGCUGGCUCUGCUCGCAGAACACCGUAGCUGUGCCCCCAGAACGUCCUCAGGUUCCCUGUAAGCCGGCCUGCAUGGAUCUCACGGCCCCUCUCCUCUCCCGGGCUCAGACGGCUUCUUAUGACCACUACCACUCAGGACAAACUCCUCCUCCCUCUCUCCAGUUCUCUUUCUACAAAUCAUAUCAGACUGUUUUUACCGGCGAAACGUCAAGCCCCGGCCAUGCCGACCGUAGACCUGAAUACCUCAGCCUGGGCUGCUGCCGCGGGAACCGUCAGCUGGACCCAAUAACGAGUUUACAGGAAGUAGCGCCGCCAGCAGCCCUAACGUUGGCCCGAAGGCCAAAGAGGCGUUCUGAAAGGGAGGAGCUGAGCAAACGCGGGGGCAGAGCCGCUUGGCGGUCAAGGCGGUCCGGGAGGUGAUCCGCUGCGGACCGGGGGUUAGCGGGAAAGCGGUGCACGUCUCUCCCGCCGCCUCUGCAGGGCCAAUGCUGGACGUGAUGCGUCUUCCGCGGGGCUACGCUGUGCCCCGGUUCAUUAGGUACAGUUCUGAUGGGAUUCAGACACAAGCGUGGGUAGAUUUUUCUUUUUUUUUUCUUUCUUUUUUUCUUCUCUCUCCCCCUUCCCUUUCCUGUCCAGUUUGGAACGACCAUUUGCAGCAUUAGAGCAGUUCCCACACCUGUGGCAUUAUUCCUGCGUCGAUUCUGCAUCCGUGCGCGUCUGUCUGGGACGCGCGCACGCAGCCGCUGCCUCGGCAGCCGCCGCAGGGAACGCGGGUCGACCCACCUCCAUCCCAGUCGAAGUUUUGCCCGAAUGCACAUCGGUCCGACGCACCCCCAGCGGUUGCGUUCCGUCCGGACCGCAUGGCACAUUGGCGCGCUGCAGAACUGCUACCAGGACGGGACGCCUCGGGGGUAUUUGUGUUUACGCACGAGGCUUUUGUAAACUGUGUAAUCCCCCUGCUAAUCUGUGCAGAUGGAACUGGCACCUGAGGUGCUAACGGCGGCCCGUGAAUCCAGCGAGGAGAAGCGAGUUUGCAGAUAACGAGAGCAGUCACCAAGUCACUUUUAUUUCCUCUAAAGUCUUUUUUUAAAGUGUGUUUUUGUAAAAAGGCAGGGUGUUGUCCGUAGAAAUGACCAGAGAAAUGAAGCUGAUUGUUUGGCUGUGUGGUUUGUGUAUCUCUAGUGGACAUGCCGGUCCGGCUGCAAUGCUGGCCCUCUCCACUCAAAUGUCUGUGCAAUUUGUGCCCGUCUCAAUUUUUUAAAAUGUGGUAGAAACUGUUUAUAAAUAUAUAUACACAUUUUAUGAAGUUUUAUUUUUUUCUUUCAAUUAUUUACCUUGUUUAAAGAUUUUAUAACUUUUGCCAUUUACAACCUUUGUAAUUGUCAAUGGUUUCUUUUUAAAGAUGUUUUAUGCAUUGUUAUUUUUAGGAUUCAAUAAUUCAAAUAAUAUAAAUGACAAUUAAAAAAACGUUCUCUCUGUAAAGAUGAAUACUGUAGAGCGUCUCGGAUUCGUUUAAUAACUUGAGAUAUUUUGGGCAUUUUAAGUAACUGGGUGCCUAGUCUGAGUGGAUCACCAGCACAAAGAACAAAACAAUGCAAUCUAAUAUAUAAUUCAGAAUAUGCAGUGCGCUGAAGGGUUUUGCGCAGUUUAGCCAUUUAGCGCAUCUGCAAGUCAUUUUACCAACGAGUCAUUAACCUAUUGUGUGUUUAUGAAACCAAGUAAUAUGUAUAAAUAAGUAUUCAUUUAUUAACUUUUUAGCUUAAUAAUCAUACCUGGCUGCUAGCUCUCUGUCUUGCUAGCAAAGAUUUAUGUUUUUGACUCGAUAGCGACUGCGCAAACCUUCCAGUACAUCUCGCUCAUUCUGAGCUGAGUGCGAUUUUAGUGUUCAGUCUCUCUCUCACUCUUAUCUCCUUCUUUCUCUCUUUCUGUCCCUCAUUCCGUCUGUCUGUCUGUGUCUGUCUGUCUCUCUCGCACACAGACGCACACACAGCCCCGUGGCCAUUUCCUUCCACUCGCUGUGCGCUCUCAGCAACUUAACUCGCCCAUUAAAUGCACAAACUUGCAUCGGUUUAAAAUUAAAUUCCAAUCACUACUUGGGCACAAUUAUUUCAUUAAAAAGUUUCACUUUCUUGGAA